AGUUAAAGAUUGACAUGAUUAAACAAUUUCCGCUUGACAGUCUGCACUUAGUAUACUUAGGUAAUAUGAAACGUUUAAUUCAAUUUUGGUAUAAAGGAUCUAAAAACGUUAGGCUUGAAGGUAAUACUUUUGCAGUAAUUAGUGAAAAAUUAGUUACAAUGUCUGAAUUUAUUAGUAAAGAAUUUGUAAGGAAACCGCGACAUAUGACUGAAAUUGAUCGAUGGAAAGGAACAGAACUACGUCAAUUUUUGCUUUAUACAGGACCAAUUAUUUUACUCAAUAUGCUACCUGAACAUACGUACAUACAUUUUCUAAGUCUUAGCACAGCUAUUAGAAUAUUAAGUGAUGAGAGAUUAUGUCAAACGCUAAAUCAAUAUGCUCAUGAACUUUUAAUGUGGUUUGUUUCUGAGUAUAAAAAUAUAUAUGGAAGUAGUAACGUAAUAUAUAACGUUCAUAAUUUAGUACAUUUGGCUAGUGAUGUAAAAAAUCUUGGCCCUCUAGAAAGUUUCAGUUGUUUUAAAUACGAAAGCUAUUUAGGUAAAAUAAAAUCAAAAAUACGAGCAAGUGGUAAAUCUUUACAUCAAAUAAUUAAUCGACUAUAUGAGGAAACUUUUGUUAAUAAAAAUAAAACUUUCGUGGCAAAAUCAUAUCCAAUUGCAUUAUAUCGAAAUUUAAAUGGUAAAACUAUUGUAAAAUGUAUACAAUAUCGUACUUUUACGAUAUCUAAACGUCAUCCUGAUAAUUAUUGUCUUUUAAAGAACGGCUGCAAUGUUAUUGUACAUGAUAUUUAUACUUCUGACAUAGAAGUUGACGGAGAUAAUAUUGUGUUGAUUUUAUUAAUCAUGGUCAAUUACGAUCAACCAUUCGCCAUCGCACGUUUCUUAGAAAGCGAUACAUUUUCUGAAGUCCCAAGUAAUUGGUUAUACGAAGAAAAAAAUAAAAUUUUAUGUUGGUGGCCAGUAAAAGUAAAAAAUGUCACGUCUUAUAUAUCAAAUCGUAUACCACCAGAUGAGUCAACGUGGGAAAUGUGCGAGGUUGAAAUAGAAACCUAUUGUGAUACUUGGGAAAAAGCAAGAAAAAUAGCGGAUGACCCCAUGUAUAGAACUACGGAUGAUGAGGAUCUUGGCAAAGGCCGUCGAACAAAAAUCAAUAACACUAGAUUUCAGUUCUUCGCCAGAAGAUUCAAUAAAGAAAAAUGA